UUCAUGUUGAGGUAUUAAUUUUCAAGAGAUAGGAUCAGUAAUGUUACAAUAGUUUUCCGCAGUUUGGCACAAGAUUUUUAAACCAAACAGUGUUCAUCUUCUUCCUCUCAAAAUCUUUCUCCAGCAUAAAUCUCUACAUUUUUGUUCACUCCUCUAAAAAGAAAUACUGAAUAUCCAUAACCUAGAUGGGCUUUCUAAAUAAAACCCUGUUCUGAGGAUGCACCAAUAGCCUACCGAAAUAAAUCUCUAUAAACUUCGAGGCAGGGAGUGGGAGAUUUCUGUUUCUGUUUCAGAAAUGGCGGCCACUGUAGUGUCGAUAGCCUACCAAAACAAAACAUCGUCAGUGCCGGACUGGCUAAACAAAGGAGACAACGCAUGGCAGAUGAUAUCGGAGACGCUGGUCGGGAUGCAGAGCGUGCUUUGUCUCGUCAUCCUCUAUGGAAGCAUAGUGAAAAAGAAAUGGGCAGUCAAUUCAGCUUUCAUGGCGCUUUACGCCUUCGCUGCCGUCUUAAUCUGCUGGGUCACUUGGGCUUACUAGAUGUCUUUUGGUGAUCGUCUCCUCCCGUUCUGGGGCAAGGUCGGCCCUGCUUUAGGCCAGAAGUUUCUGAUCAGACAAGCGAGGUUGCCGGAGACGACGCAGUUAUACCAUAAUGGAACCGAGGAGACGGCUAUGAUUGCACCGUUUUAUCCUAUGGCGUCCAUGGUUUAAUUUCAGUUCGUGUUUGCUGCGGUCACAGUGAUUUUGCUAGCUGGGUCAGUCCUGGGUAGAAUGAACAUCAAGGCUUGGAUGCUAUUCGUCCCGCUCUGGCUCACCUUUUCUUACACAGUCGGUGCUUUCAGUGUCUGGGGUGGUGGAUUCUUGUUCCACUGGGGCGUCAUGGACUACUCCGGCGGCUACGUCAUCCACCUCUCCUCCGGCAUCGCCGGCUUCACGGUAGCUUAUUGGGUGGGACCGAGAUCGACAAAGGACAGGGAGAGGUUCCCACUGAACAACGUUUUACUGAUGUUGGCCGGUGCAGGGUUGCUGUGGAUGGGUUGGGUUGGAUUCAAUGGUGGAGAUCCUUACACGGAGAAUAUUGACUCGUCCAUGGCCGUACUGGACACGAACAUCUGUGCAGCGACGAGUUUGCUGGUCUGGAUUUGCCUUGAUGUCAUCUUCUUUAACAAACCUUCGGUGAUCGGAGCCGUCCGGGGAAUGAUCGCAGGACUUGUCUGAAUCACGCCCAGUGCAGGUAAUGUUGUUGUUUCUUUUUCUGGGUUACGGAUAUUAAAUUAACGAUCGAUUGGUGCAUCCUCCGAACAGGAUUCUGUUUGCAACGCAUCUGGGCUAUGGAUAUUCAGUAUUUCUUUUUACAAGGAUGAACAAAAAAAUAA